AUGAAGGGGAUCAGCGACGAAGACUACAAACACGCUCAAAAAGUCUGGAAUUUCAUCAAUCGAAAGGGUGCUGAGGUUAACAUGGGUGACUACCAUAAUAUAUACCUCGCCGCGGACGUCCUGCUAUUGACUGACAUCUUCCAGAGCUUUCGAAGUGUAUGCCAGGAGAACUACAAGCUCGAUCUUGCCCAUUUCUACAGCGCACCAGGCCUGGCAUGGAAAGCAGCGUUGAAGUGCACCGAGAUCAAGCCGGAGUUCCUUACGGAUCCUAACAUGCUCCUGAUGUUUGAAAGAGGUAUCCGUGGAGGUAUAACUCAAGCUGUGCACAGAUAUGCCAAAGCCAACAACAAGUACAUGGGGGAUCAAUACAAUCCGGAGGCUGAGUCAUCAUACUUGCAGUACCUCGAUGCCAACAAUUUGUAUGGCUGGGCCAUGCGUCAACAUCUGCCAACGCAUGGAUUAAAAUGGCUGUCGAACGUUGAGACCUUUACAGAGAAGAGGAUAGAGAAGAAGCAUGGAUACAUCUUGGAGGUUGAAAUUGAUUAUCCAAAGAGUCUGCACGACAAGCACAAUGAGCUGCCUUUCCUGCCGGAGGGCAAGAUGUUUCACAGGAUCGAGAAACUCAUACCAAAUCUUGAGCACAAGUGGAAGUACGUGGUGCACAUCAGAGCCCUUCAUCGAGCUUUAAAGCAUUGCCUCGAGCUCAAGAAGGUGUAUAGAGUCAUCCAAUUUAACCAGAAGCCUUGGCUGAGGGGUUAUAUCGACCACAACACGGGGCUUAGAACGGCCGCCAAAAACGAGUUCGAGAAGGACUUUUACAAGCUUAUGAACCUCUCGGUGUUUGGUAAAACUAUGGAGAAUUUCAGAAGACAUCACAUCAUCCAGUUGGUUACCAACGAAGAGAAGUACACGAAGCUCGUCAUGAAGCCCAAUUUCAAGGGCGGGAACUACUUCAGCAGCCACCUCAUGGGUGUGGAAUGGUGUAAAACAGAGCCCAAGUACGGUAGCAAGCUGCGGAUCUGCUAUAUGGAUACCGACUCAUUCGUGUACCACAUCAGAACAGAGGAUUUUUAUCGCGACAUUGCCGAUGAUGUAGAAGCACGUUUCGACACAAGUGCCUGUAGCAAAGAUGAUGGGAGACCUCUCCCCAUUGGCAAAAACAAGAAAGUCGUGAGCUUGAUGAAGGAUGAACUAAGCGGCAAAAUCAUGACAGAAUUCAUUACCCUGAGAGCAAAGCUGUAUGCAUUCUGCUGCUGUAUGCUUACAAGAGUAUCACGAAAGAGGGCGGCGAUCGCAAAGCGAAAGGUAGCAUGGUGUCGAUAUAUACAAAACCUGGGUCUGCAUCCAGAACAAAGGGCAUCAAAUAUAUACGCAAGAAGUAAACAAGGUGGCACUCAUAGGGCAGACGAUAAGCGGAUCGUGCAACCAGACCAGAUCACAACGCUCGCCAGGGGUUAUUAUCGUUUAAUGGAAAAUAAAUGA